AUGGUAAAAAACCAGACGCAAGUAGCCAUGUUUGAGUUUUCUGGUUUGACCGAUGAUCGGAAACUUGCCCCAUUCCUCUUUGUGUUCUUUUUGCUUGUCUACCUGGUGACUAUACUUGGAAACGUUGGGAUGAUGGUAAUUGUUCACAUCUCUCCCAGCCUCCACACUCCGAUGUACUACUUCUUGAGCCACCUGUCUAUGGUAGACCUCCUCUACUCCUCAGUAAUUACUCCCAAAAUGUUGUCCGACCUUCUUUCUGAGAAGAGACAGAUCUCUUUCGUUGGUUGCGCUCUUCAGUUCUGCUUCUUUGCUGGCCUGGCAAGUACAGAGAUCUUUGUCCUGUCGAGCAUGUCGUACGACCGAUAUGUUGCUAUCUGUCACCCGCUCCACUAUAUCACACUAAUGACCAAAAAGAAAUGUCGGGGGUUUAUUCUCACUGCUUUCUCAAUAAGCAUUGUGCAGUCAACAUCAUCAACCAGUUGCAUGUUCACUCUCCAGUAUUGUGGUUCAAACCUCUUAGACCAUUUCUAUUGUGAUAUCCCACCAAUACUUAAACUGUCUUGUUCCAAUACUCGUCCUUGUGACAUUUUAACCGUGUUUUUUGUAUGUUUUUGCACAAUAAGCUCGUUGACGACCAUCCUGGUCUCCUAUACGCUCAUCAUUUUGGCAAUUCUACAGAUGCAAUCCACCAAGGGUCGACAUAAAGCUUUUAGUACAUGCUCAUCCCAUCUAAUGUGUGCUACCAUGUUUUAUGUGACUGUUUUCUUCACUUACUUACACCCCUCUUCUAGCCGCCUUGAAAAACAGAAUAAGGUGGCCUCUGUCUUCUAUGCAAUGGUGACCCCAAUGCUAAAUCCUCUCAUUUAUAGUCUGCGGAACCAGGAGGUGAAGAGGGUUACUUUGCACUUACUGUAUAAACAUGAAAAUUGA